UAGGUGCUCUGACGUCUGAACUCGUUUCUUUUCUUUUGCGUUUCUAUCUUUUAUUUUAAGACUCCAUCCAAAAAGGACAUUCAGAGGUGUGGCCUUCUCCGUUUCGGCUUUGUUUGCAUUGCAACAAGGAGAAUGACACAUGGCUUUUUAUCUUGUCUUUUCCCCCUACAACUUCUGACAAUAGAGAGGUAUAUAUAAUCCCACACAACCAACACCUGUGCAUAUUCACACCGGCACUUUAAAAUGCAUUACAGCUCUACAUACAGUAUAAACAGAGACUAAGGUAGCUAUUUAACCCAAAAAAGUGAUAGAAGUAGUUUAUUUAGGCAACAAUUAACUAAAAAAGAGAAAUACAUCAAAUAAGACAUUUUGUCGAAACGCUGCAUGGAAGAGUUGCCAAACUGCUUGGAGUCUCUCAAGACAGAUUUGUUUUUCUGACGCAUUGGAGAGCAAAUAGUGCAGAAACCAACAGCAGGGAACCACUCAAAAAAGAUGGUGGCUCUAUCUAUGCCUCUUCGUUCCACCCUGUUAUUCUUAGUGUUGAUGGGUAUGACACUAAUGACCUCUGCCUUUCCCCAACCUCACCUUCGACCCCUGCAAAGUAACUUGCCUGCUAUUAGUCAAGAGGACUCCAAAAUUGAACAGUGGGAGCUGCUUUACCCUUCCAUCUCUCUUCGUGAUUGGAGAAUUCAGAUGCUGUCUGCCCCAGAUUUUGGUGCAGCAAAGGCUGGUACAGAUCAGCUGGUUGGGGAUGAAUGGCUUCCGCUAAGCCAGUCACAGAUGGAGGAGGAGCUGGUGAAGAGUUGGCCGGGCGACUGGGCAUCACGGCUGGGUCACCAGCAGAAGAGAAACAUUGUGGUGGCAGAUGAUGCUGCAUUUAGGGAGAAGAGUAAGCUGUUGACAGCAAUGGAAAGACAGAAAUGGCUGAAUUCCUAUAUGCAGAAACUGUUAGUAGUUAAUUCAAAGUGAUUUUCAAUAUUUGUGUAAUUGUUUACAUACAUAAAAGUGUGCAUUUUAUGUGAAAGCAUGACGGGAAGCUACAUAAGACAAUGUAACUUGUUACAAAAAUGUAAUUGUUUAAAAAGGUUAAAAAGUUAACAUAUUAAAAACACACACACAAAAGAAAACAAAAACAAAACGUACACAAAUGUGUUUCUAUUUUUUAUUUAAAUAUUUUUAUUUUGAUGAUGAUUGACUGAAUAGGCAAGACACACGAUGUGAAGUCUGUUGAACAUGAUUCAGGUUUAAUGGCACCCAUUGACUUUGAGAUGCUGUAAUAG